AUGUUUCUGCGCAACAUUCACACAUUGUCUGCAUCGCUCAGACAUAACCCGUGGCGAGGCCGACGAUUUUCUACUAUCGAUGUCGAUCGAGAUAGGAUUUCUGUCUCGGCACUGAAUGCCACAUUCCCGUUCGUCUGGCUGCGCGAUUCGUGCCAGUGUCCGUUAUGUGUACAUCCAUCGACGCGCCAGAAAUUGCACCGAUCCUCCGACUUUGCUCAGGGAAUUACGCCAGCGGAGGCAUUGGCUGUUGACGGUGGACUACGUGUUUCUUGGGCUCCCCCGGGCUCAGAUACGAAACACGUAUCGUUCUAUCCCACCUCGUUCUUAGAGCGACAUGCAUCGUCCGCAUCCCUCGCUAAAUUUCAUCGAGAUAUCAAUCCUGAGCCAUGGACUGCCGCCAAAUUUGCGUCUCAUACGACCAUUCCAUACUCCGAGCUCGAGAAUCCUCAAGUACUCCUGGAAUUACUCAGACAGCUCAGAAGAGACGGACUCGUAUUCUUAACAGAUGUCCCGUCGGACGAAACAUCUGAUGCCGACUGUGAGCUUCGCAAAUUAGCGAACAGGAUUAGCGUCAUAAGAAAGACGUUCUAUGGUGAGACUUGGGACGUGAGGAACGUUCGAAAUAGCAAGAACAUCGCUUAUACGAAUUUGGACUUGGGACUACACAUGGAUUUAUUGUACUUCAAGGAGCCUCCUCGGUACCAGAUUCUGCACUCCCUUCGGAACUGCGUUCGUGGCGGCCAGUCUCUUUUCGUCGACGCUUUGUAUGCCGCUCAGCGCCUUCAAGCAUCGUCUCCAGUUGCUUUCACUGAACUUGUGAACACUCCAGUACCAUUCCAUUAUGUGAAUGAUGGCCAUCAUCUACAUCACUCGCACCCUACGAUUCAGCUUUCCCCCUUGUUUCUCUCGUCCUCACAAACACGAAGCGAUAUAAAUUACGCUGGGGCAAUGAUGGAAAUAACAAGCAUAAAUUACUCUCCUCCUUUUCAAGCUCCUCUUCCUGUCAAUACACUGCCGUCGUUCUACAAGUCCCUUGCAGAUUUUACACGGUUCUUAGAGGAUCCUGAUGCAUGUGUAACGCGUCUCCUAAGGGAGGGUGACGCAGUGGUAUUCGACAAUCGCCGAGUCUUACACGGCCGAGCAUCUUUUGAAGACAUCGUCCAAGAUAGCAGUAAGGGGGCCAGAGAGGGGGAGACGAGCAGGUGGUUGAAAGGGUGUUAUCUUGAAGAGGAUCCUGUACUAGAUCGGAUGUGUAUUUUAAGCUCGGAAUUAGACAAGUAA